CUUCUCCAUUGAAAAGCGUGGAGCCACCAUACGCCCCCGCCCCACCGUCCGCCACACACGCAGAAACCCGGAAAAUGGGCAAGAAGUCUUUGGCCGAGCAGAUCGCGGAGCUCAGUGCGCCCAAAAACGACUUCGACAUUGAAAACUCGGAGUUGGCAGACCCUUUUGGAGGCAGUGACCAGGACGCGAACGAUUCCCUGGGCCUGGACCACGAGACCGCCCAGAGGGAACACUAUGUGGCUAUGCCCAAGUCGAAGCUUAGACGCGAAAACCCCUUGGCCAAGGACCGCAAAUACACGGGCCGGCUCACCGACCGGAAGGCGCUAUAUGAGGACAGCGAAACAGGCACUUCAGGCUCUGAAUCGGCGGGCGAGCUGGGUCUGGAAAGCGGCGAGGAUGCACAGGAUUUGGAGACGGGGCCGGAGAGUGAGGCUGGGUCCGACAGCCCAGAAAGUGGCUCCGAAAGCGGCUCCGAAAGCGGCUCCGAAAGCGGCCCAGAAAGCGGCCCGGACGAGGCGCAGCGCAGCAGGCAGAAAGACAAAAUCCGGCGGAUGAUGGCCUCGGAACGCAAGCACAUCGUCAGCAGGCUCUCGCAGUCCGCGGCGUCGGACGCGCUCAAAGGAUACUCCAUUCUCCAGCAGCACAAGGAGUUCGAUGCGCUCAUCGACUCGCGCUUGAAGGUGCAGAAGGCCGUGGCCUCGGCCAACAUGCUUCCUGCAAGCAAGCUGCAGCUCGCCGGGCUUGCAGACGCGCCGGCCGACGUCCAGGCCCGCCUAGGCGGCGCCGUGGACGCGUGCUACGACUUGUUGGACACGAUCGGCGCGUUGCGCAGCGCCCUCCUCCGCCGCGAGCAGCUCGCUGUGCCGGACGGCGCCGAGAAAACGCCGAGAAAACGCAGCUUGGCGCAGUACGUGGCCCGCAGCUCGCAGCAGGACGCGGUGUUGGCGCAGUACCGCUCGUCCGUGUUGACCAAGUGGCUGGCCAAGAUCCAGAACUCGUCGGGGUCCAGCGCCAUGAACGCCAACAAGUUCAAGGCGCUCAACCAGUCGGCCGAGCAGCAGGUGCUCAACAACCUCCAGGACAUGGAGCGGCUUGUCAAGAGAACCCGGCUCAACAGGCGCAAGAUCUCGCCGUUGGGGCACGUCCCGGAAGACGCCGGGAACAGCGGUGCCGGUGGCGCUUCACACGAUGACCCGGACGCCUUGCCGCACACGCAGACGCGGGCGAUGAACAUGCCAGAGAUGCCGCAGAUCUUCGACGACGACGACUUCUACCGCGUGUUGCUCAACGACUUGGUGGACAAGAAGAUCCAGUCGAGCGACCCCACGUCGGGCCUCCAGUUUGCGUUGCGUGGCGCGGCGUCGACGAAGUUGAAGAAGAACGUGGACAACAAGGCGUCCAAGGGCCGCAAGUUGCGGUUCCAUGUCCAGGAGCCCAUCGCCAACUUCGACACGCCCCGCCAGUGGUUGCAGUGGAACGACGAUCAGAUCGACGAGUUUUUCGCGUCGCUCUUGGGCCAGAAAAUCAGCAUGAAGGAGGACGACGACGACAGCGCGGGCGACGACGACGCAGACGAGCAGCUUGUGGGCGCUGACUCGAUCCAGCUCUUUGGCUAGAUCUUUUUGGCGGCGGCUUGGUCCAGCUUUUGGCGACGGCUUGGUCCAGAUUUUGGGCUGGAGCUUGUGGGCUGGGUGGCUGGAAUAGAUGGCGCGUCACCAUGCUGGGUUCGGGGUCAGCUGGUGUGCGAGGCCUGAUGCCGACGGCCUGAUAUCAAACGGGCAUGAGACGAUACGCGUGUGUCCCAGCGAGUCUGUUGCCACUUACUUUACAAGGUUUGGAGCAAGGUUGUCUUCGAGGUUUGCUUUUAGAAGUGCUUUGUCGAGGACGAUCGAUAUAAAUAUGCCUGUUAAAUACAAGGGCCGGUAAAUGCAAGGUCUGCUGUACCCGAGGUCUGCUAUUAAAAGUGUUUUGUUGAGAAAGAUCGUUGUGGAUAAUGUCUGUUAAAACAAAGUUUGUGAAAUACAAGGUCUGCUGUACUUGGGGU